AUGUCUGAACUUAACGUACCUCUCCGCCGACUCGGCAAGAAUGGACCUCAAAUCCCAGCGUUGGGCCUUGGUCUCAUGGGUAUGUCCUGGACAUUCUACGGAAACACUCCAAGUGAUGAAGAACGAUUUGCGGUGCUCGAUCGAGCAGUGGAAAUAGGAGCUACCAACUGGGACACCUCUGACAUGUAUGGCGACGGUGAAGAACUGCUUGGAAAAUGGUUCAAGAGAACUGGAAAGCGGGACAAGAUAUUCCUGGCAACCAAAUUCGCCUUUUUGAAAGGGUCACCCAAAUUUGAGGUCGAUAGUUCUGCUGCUUAUUGCAAGAAGGCUUGUGCAGAGAGUUUGAAGCUACUGGGCACUGAUUAUAUUGACCUUUACUACGCGCAUCGUGUCAAUCCGAAUACGCCCAUUGAAGAGACAGUUCGAGCUAUGGCUGAACUUAAAGCUGAGGGCAAAAUCAAAUACUUGGGUCUCUCGGAAGUGACCUCAACAACACUGCGUCGCGCUUGCAAAGUUGCACAUAUCGACGCCGUACAGGUCGAAUACUCGGCCUUCGUGACAGAUAUAGAAGGAGAAAAGGGCACGAAUCUGCUUGCAACGGCCCGCGAAUUAGGUGUCACAGUUGUUGCUUAUUCGCCAUUGGGUCGUGGAAUCCUUACCGGUGCCUAUAACAAGAAGGACGCUGUUUCAGCCGAAGGCGAUCAACGUACUGGGAUGGGGUUCCCGAUGUUUGCGGAAGAAAACCUUGAAGCCAAUGCGAAGCUCAUUGGCAAACUCAAAGACAUUGCCGACAGAAAGAAUUGCACGCUAGGUCAAUUGGCAAUUGCCUGGCUUCUCAAACAGGGCGAUCAUAUAAUCCCGAUUCCGGGGACGAAGAGGAUUCGCUAUCUUGAGGAGAAUUGGGGCUCUCUUAAAGUGGAACUGACAGAUGAAGAAGAGGCCGAAAUUAGAAAGUUGAUAAAGGAUACAGGGGUUGCAGGUGGAAGGCUUCCGGAUUGGGCUGGCGAAGGUCAUCUUGGUGAAACUAGAGAAGAGUAA